CACCUUUCCCCAAAACGACCAGCGAGGAAAGCGACCGCAACGCCAAUUAAAACCUAGUUGGGACUUCGCGAAGUGUCUGGGUAUAAAAUGGUCUCCCCUUCGACGGACCGCAGCUGCUCCCGGCGACCCAGCGCGUCUCGGUCUCGUCUCGAAGCACACAGCACGAUGUGGUCUCCGCUGCUCCUCCUCGCGACCGGGUCCUGCCUCCUGGCCUCUGCAACAUCGGCGGUCGUUGCAAGCGGCGACCCCCAGUCCGUGACCAAGAGCAUUGUGAAGAAUUCCUUGGCGGAGGCCGCAACUGAACUCGAAACUUCUACCGGAAAUUAUGAAAACGCUUCCCUCAGCAAAAACCUGUAUGAUCUGACCGUAGAACUUCGAUCCCUAAACCAGCUCUUCAAGGACUACAUUAUGACGCUGGCAUGCCCCGCCCCCUUCCGUAUCGUCGGCUCCGAGUGCUUCGCCUUCCUGCUGGAGGACGUGGCGUGGGAGGCCGCCCGUACCAAGUGCCUGCAGAUGGGCGCUGACCUGGCUGAGCCGGCUGACCUGACCCAGCUCCGCCUCUACGUUGGAAAUCGAUUCCCCCGCAAGAGCGCCCGCAACUUCUGGAUCGGCGGCCACAGCCAGGACAAGAUCUGGAACUGGCUCUCGGGCGAACCCAUCGACGACAGGUUCUGGCACACCAACGAACCCUCGGGCAAUGGCGAGUGCCUCGGGAUGUUCGACGGCUGGGAGCACCCUCUGACGGACUUCCCCUGCGAGAACGAGAGGAGGGCCAUCUGCGAGAAGCAACUGGGCAAGUAAGAAAGGAAGGGAAUGAAGGAGGGAAGGAAGGAACGGAGGGAGUGAAGUAGUUCGGGGGAGUCGAAGCGGUUUCGAAACGAAAGGAAAGGGAUUGGUUUCGAGACGAAGGAAAUGAAGCAGCUUCGACUUGAGGAUUCAUGAGGCCCCUAUGUUGACUUCGGUUGGAAAGAAGGCCGUAUGAUCAUGUAGGCAGAACAUACAGUGCAAACAUGUUGACCUGUUAAUACAUGAUGCAUUUUGUUUCAUUAAUAAAUGAUUAAAAAUG